AUGUGUGGCAGCUACUACGGAGGCUGUGGCUACGGACGCUGUGGCUAUGGAGGCUGUGGCUACGGAGGCUGUGGCUAUGGAGGCUGUGGCUACGGAGGCUGUGGUUACGGAGGCUGUGGCUACGGAGGCUGUGGCUAUGGAGGCUGUGGCUACAGAGGCUGUGGUUACAGAGGCUAUGGCUAUGGAGGCUGUGGCUACGGAGGCCUGGGCUGUGGCUAUGGCUCCAGUUAUGGCUGUGGCUUCCGCACCCUGGGCUGUGGCUCUGGCUGUGGCUCUGGCUGUGGCUAUGGAUAUCGCUCCAACUCUCUCUGUGGCUAUGGAUGUGGCUCUGGCUAUGGCUCCGGCUUUGGCUGCUACUAA